AUGACUUUGCAAGGAGCAGCUCAGGACUGGUUCCACACCCUGCCAUCCGGGUCAAUCAGCAGCUUCAAGGAGCUUACUUAUGUCUUCACUAAAAAAUACACUUCUUAUCGGUCAAUCAAGAAGAAUCCUGACCAUCUGUUCAACCUGCACAAGAAGUCCAAUGAAUCCCUGCGAGACUACAUCAAGAGGUUCAAGGCGGAGAGGGCAAACAUUGUAGGAUGUGAUGACCAAAUUGCGUCCUCUGCCUUCAAGAGAGGGUUGCCAACUGAAUGUGAGCUGUAUCGCGAGCUGACCAUCUAUCCUCGCCAAACACUGGUAGAAGUCUUCGCUAUAGCAGAGCGCUACGCAUUAUGGGACGACGACCGGAUUGCCACGAAGAAGGCUGAUCAAAUAGCUGAGCAGGCAAGCCAAGAGAACGGCAAGCGUAGAUCACAGCCUCAGGGAGGUGCUUCAGCAGCGGAGAGCUACACCAAGUUCACUAUCCCGAUACACCAGAUCUUGGCCCAAGUAAAAGACAUGCCUUGGUUGAAGAAACCAUCGCCUUUAAAGGGAAACCCAACCAAGAAGGAUACCAGUAGAUACUGCACAUUCCAUGAAGGGCAUGGUCAUUACACAAACGACUGUUUCGCCUGGAAAAGGCACCUUGAAGAUCUAGUCAGAGACGGCCAUUGCACAGAAUUCAUCGUAAGGAGGGCUAUCCAGCAAAUCAAGGAUUGUGACGCAGCUAACGAUGAACCUCAACGAAAAAGGUCAUAUGGAUCAACACGAUCCUAG